GGAGAUGAGAAAAAUUAGCUGAUAUCCAAUUGGUCGUGAGCGUCACGUGUCUGCUCCAUUGUCCGCAGAGCAGGGUGUGUUCCGCGGGGCCACUGGCUGCGUGGGGCUGGGUCGGCACUGGAUGUCUUUCUCAGCAGCAUCCUUCCUCCUCUUCCUCUCCUGUCAUCUCGUCGCUUCAGUUCUGUAAAAGACGCUUCGGAUGGAGGCACUGCUGCGGGCUCAAGCGKGAUGAGGCGUGUUUAGCUGCUGACACCGGCGUCGAGGACAGGGAUAAUAAAUCUGCUGAGGACAGCUUCGCUUUUUCACGAGAUGAUGUCUUCAGGUAAAAACUGCGAGUGUGUGAGGGUGGUGGUCCGCUGCAGACCGUUCACCAGGAAAGAGAAGAGGGCGGAGUGUGAGAACAUUUUGGAGGUUGACGACAGACUGGGGCAGAUCACCAUCAGAAACCCAAAGGCACCACCUGAUGAGCCCCUCAAAGUCUUCACCUUCGACUCGGUGUUUGGCUGGAAGUCCAAACAAAGUGACAUUUAUGACGAUGCGGUGAGACCGCUGGUGGACUCGGUCCUCCUGGGCUUUAAUGGCACCAUCUUUGCAUAUGGACAAACUGGAACAGGUAAAACCUACACUAUGCAAGGUGUUUCGACGGACCCCGAGAAGAGAGGUGUCAUCCCAAACUCCUUUCAGCACAUCUUCACCCAGAUAUCCAGAAGUCAGAACCAGAAGUACCUGGUCAGGUCUUCGUACCUGGAGAUCUACCAGGAGGACAUCAGGGAUCUCCUGUGCAAGGACAACAACAAGAAACUGGAGCUGAAGGAGAAUCCUGACUAUGGGAUCUACGUGAAGGACCUGUCUUCAGUGGUGACAAAGAAUGCCACUGAGAUUGAGCAUGUAAUGAACAUUGGGAACCAGUCCAGAACCGUUGGGUUUACCAACAUGAAUGAACGCAGCUCCAGGUCUCAUGCAAUCUUUGUGGUWACCGUAGAGUGCAGCGAAGUGGGCCUGGACGGCGAGGACCACAUUCGGGUUGGGAAGCUGAACAUGGUGGAUCUGGCUGGCAGCGAGCGCCAGAGCAAGACAGGGGCCAAGGGGACCCGGCUGAAGGAAGCUGCCAAGAUCAACCUGUCCCUCUCAGCACUGGGGAACGUCAUUUCUGCUCUGGUGGAUGGAAGGAGCACCCACGUCCCCUACAGGGACUCCAAACUGACUCGCUUGCUCCAAGACUCACUGGGGGGUAACGCCAAGACAAUCAUGGUUGCGACGGUGGGGCCCUCUCACAAGAGCUUUGACGAAUCCCUGGCAACGCUGCGCUAUGCCAGCAGGGCCAAGAAGAUCAAGAACAAGCCCCGGAUCAAUGAGGACCCCAAAGACGCCCUGCUCAGGGAGUUCCAGGAGGAGAUCGCCCGCCUGAAGGCUCAGCUGGAGGAGCGAGGGAUGCUUGCCAAGGAGAGGAGAAGGAAGAGGAACAGUAAAAGACUGAGUAAAAGCAUGGCUGCUAUGGAGGAGGAUUUUCUGUUUAAGAAGGAUGCAGAUGUGGAGGAUGAACAUGGGAAAGAUCGUCUGUUGGAGGGAUGCAGAAAUCCAAAGGUUCUGAUCCGCCAGGGGGGCAGUGAGAUGUUUAGGCAUCUUAACAGAGCAAGUCUUGAAGACGUUCAGUGGGACCAGCAAGCCGUGGAGAAGAUCCUAGAGAAAUAUAAGGCUAUGGAGAGCAAAUUGUUGGUWGGAGGAAAGACCAUCAUAGAUCACACCAAUGAACAACAGAAGAUGCUCGAGUUAAAGAGACAAGAAAUUGCAGAACAGAUAAGAAGUGAGCGGGAGAUCCAGCAGCAGAUGAUGCUACAGGACGAGGAGACUUUAGAAAUGAAAGAGACAUUCUCCUCCCUGCAGCAGGAGGUGGACCACAAAACCAAGAAACUGAAGAGGCUGUACGCUAAAGUCCAGAUGUUGAGGGGAGACAUGAAUGACAUCAUUGAUGAACACAUCAUAGCCAGACAGGAGCUCGAAGAGACGCAGGAUGAACUCACUCGAGAGCUCAAGUACAAAUACCUUCUGAUUGAGAAUUUUAUACCCCCUGAGGAAAAGAACAAGAUAAUGAACAGGUUACAGUUUGACGGUGAGGAGGAUCAGUGGAGGCUCCAGCCUGUGAUUCCAUCAGAGAGUACACACAUGAGAGUGAAGAGAAGACCUGUUUCUGCUGUGGGAUAUAAGAGGCCAAUCAGCCAGUAUGCACAGAUGGCUGUUGCUACUGCUACUGAGGCCCCACUGAGAUAUCAGGCUGAGAACAUCAUGCUGCUGGAGCUGGACAUGUCUCCACCAACCAUGUUCUCCUUGAACCUAAAUGGAGCCCAUUUGGAGAGAGCCUUUUCUCCCAGACUAAUGCAGGAUUUCCCUGGAGAUGCACAGGCCAGAGAGAGAACCAGUUCAUUGUCCCGGAUCAGAAAGUCCCAGUCCUGGUAUCAGGCACCACAAGGAUCCUCUGUCACAUCAUCGCCUUCAUCAACUGUUYUGACAUCAGAAUCCCAGAGCUGCGGUCCUUCGCAGAGACAAAGACCAUCCUCCACUGCUUAUCCUUYCACAGGAGAUCCACUUCAAACGACUCCAUGAUUUGUGCCAGUACAUUUGUACUCAUGUAUGUAGGACUAGGCUUAGUUCACCAGUAACUCAAGAUCAWCUAAUGCCCGGUUCACACGGCAAGAUUUUAAAAAUUUCAAAGUCUGAGAGACCCCACUCGUGAUGAUAUAAAACCAUAGAUAUAACAGAUUUUGUGUGUGGUGUACAGACACAGCAAAGACAACACAYCACUCACCGACAUGUAGAUACCUUGCAAAUCUUGCAAGACCUCUCGAGAUCAAACGUGAGUUCAGAGUGAACAAACAUGGCUGACAAAGAAGAAGUGACUAUUUUUAACAGAGAAAAAGGCUAAACAAAAAGACGUCUCUGGUGUCCACCGGACUUCUGGUGCACCACAGUAGUUGUUUUGUCUUCUGUACUUUAGAUUCCCCUCUGUGUUUCAGUACAGUCAGUUUUUGAUUGGCUACACGUCACAUUCAACAGGCUGCAGCUCGUUUGUCCUCGGUGAACACCACACACGCUGUGAUAUCGGGCCAAAUCAAUCUUGAAAACAAAAGUCAACAGUGUUGAAUAACCUUGAUUUGCGAUCGGAGUGGUUCCGACGUCCUUCCAAGCCGACUAGAUCAUUCUUAACACACCACACAUGGCACGAACACCUCCUAAGAUUGUUUUUAGAGCCAUCACAAUAAAAGGGGGCGUCCUUAAGUUUUUCUGGGUUGGGUCAAAAAUUGGCACAAUUAUCUUGCCGUGUGAACCAGGCUUAAAGGUUAGUCAGUCCUGUUGAUGGAUUAGGAUUUUGCUUUGUUUCARUUUUUCACAUAGAUUCACAUACAGACAAAAGCAGUUGAAAGAAAAACAACAACUCUUAGGUCAGCCUAUGCAGUGAUGUCAGAUUCUUCAACCGUUCACGUGGUCUUUGUGAACAAUUUAAAAAGGCCUAGCAUUCUUUGGAACCCCCCCCCCCACACACACACACACACACACACACACAUUUCAUGGCAGCGUUUUAAGCGUUUUAAUGAGAGGGGAGGCAGGCAUAACCAUUUUAGUACGUCCUUAUACAUGAUGAUAAAGCUAUCACGUAAUAUUGUGAGCUCUUACAAGAUGUGGAGCGGGUGUUGAGGAUGACUGUCAGCUCAUACCAUAACAAAUUUUAGCCUGAUAUCUGUAUAAUUGACCAUGUUAUAUCUAUUUUUGUAUUAGCUAAGGUCUAGUAGCUGUGGCAACUGCCUUGAAUUAGGUCGGCUCUAAAUGAAAAUAAGUUGUAGAUGUACAGCCGAAUGAUUUUGCAAGCAGACACUAUUAAUUAAUGCUAAAUAAUUUAGACAAAGAUGUUGUUUAAUGUGUAGCUCUCAUGUGAGUAUGUGAGGAUAACAUCCAGCUGCUACUACAUCAACCUUUAUCCGUAAAAUCAACAGUUGUGUUUGCAAAUAUUAAAUAGCUGCUGCCAUCUUGGGUUGAACUGACUCCAAAACUAAUCAGCUGUAGAUCCAAAUAUUAACUUCUGAGAGUUUCAUCAUAAUUUGUCCAAUGGUUUGUGAUUAGACCAGUGGUUCCCGUCCUAUUUUCCUCAAGGGCCCCCUUUGUUACUCUCCCAAAGACUUAUUCACCUUUUAUCUCUUCAUCAAAAGAAUUAAAUAAUAAAGUGAAUAGUUACAAACUUUUAAGGAUAAAGGGUAAAAACAGGUAGACUAGUGCAUCCCACAUUUUUCAACAUUAACCUUUUAUUAUAUUUAUAGUCAUUACUGCUUUUAGAAAAAUGAUUUUGAGGAAGUUGGGUUGAACAUUAUAGACCCCUGUGAUGCAGCAUAAGCUUAUAUCCUUAAUGGCUUUUCCCCCUUGCAUUACUUUUAUACUUUAAGUAGUUUUUAAACCAGUACUUUUACACUUUUACUUGAGUUGUUACUUCUACUCUCAAAAAAGGAUUAWCUAUAUUUCUACUUAAGUCAUGAAUGUGAAUACUAUUGACGCCUGUGUUUUGCAGUGAAUGUAGUGUUUUCAGACUCCUCGAAUUAUUGCACUUUUCAUCGGUCCCCAGUGGUAUUUCACUCGUUUUUUAUUUUUCAAAUAGUUGAUUUUUCACCACGCAGCGCUCAAUCAAAUGUAGACAGCACCAAAACAUAAUAUUAUAUUUUAAUACUAAYUGACUUUCAUGACAAUCUAUCUGAUCAGGCAAACAUGUUUUUUCAGACCCCAAAUGUGACGGUGCUACAGAUGUAGCAAAAUAGAAAAAAAUGUUUUCUCUUUGACCCUUGAUUAAUCAGUAUGAUUUCGAUAUUUUUCUAUUAGGGACUAUUUCAAUUGCAUGAUUGUACAGUUUUAGGUAUGAAUUAAUUAUUAGUUAAGAGCAUGCCAUUUCCUUCGUCUCCUGAAAACUUCAUCCAAUUUUAUCAAGAAAUAAAGCAGUUAUGUCCAUUCAUUGUUUGUUUCAUCACACGUUUUCUGGAUUUYCAAUGUUAAAYCAGUGGAAAAACGUAGAGGAAUUUUCUGAUACUAAAAUGGCCAUAACUUCUUUAUUUCAUCACCAAUCUAAACAAUAUUGGUGUCGAUAUCUGGUGUUUCAAGCUCUAUCCAUUGCACUUGUAAAAAUAAUUCUUAGACUUCUGUAUAUGUUUUGGUCUCAUCCCUACAGGUUGUUGUUUUUAUUCAGCUGCUCCCUUCUGCAGGGGUCAACCACAGUGAGCGAAUUCUCAAAAAAUAUUUAGUAAUUGUUUUAUGCCAGAUGUCUUCCCUGACCCGACCCGGGCUCAAACCUGUGGCCUCAGGAUUACAGUCCUGCACCACUGACCAACGAUCCACAGCAGCUCAAAUGCGCACACAUUCACAGACCAAAAAACAUCACUCUUUGUACAAUUUUAAAUUUGGCUUGUUUGGAAGGCAUGUUGAAAGAAAGCGACACGUCUUUCUAAAAAGUAAUUAAUAAAAACAUGAAUGCAGUGCUUAGGUUUGCAAGGUUGUAUCUGGAACACUCAAAAGACUCCUGUUAAUUAUUUAUUUAUUUAUUUAUUUAUUUAUUGCACAGACAACACCAAAGUACAGAUAUCUGGCCAUAAUGCACUAAAUGACUAAUGAAAAGAAAACAUGGAAUAUCAGCAUGAACACCUAAAGCCAGCUCACUGGUGGAAAUGUGAUGAUGUGAACUUUACUACUUGAAAACCUAAGCACAUACACUGAUUUAACCAUAAAUAAWACUUUAAGUUAUUGCUGCUUAAGUUUUUUUAAACAGUGUUUUUAUUUGUUUUUUUCCUCAUACAAUAUUAACAUUUUGACCAUGCUAACCGAAAUAUUAUAAGUUGUGUCUUAUUUUAAGACCUCGCAGGGACACAAUUUUCAUUUUGUCCUAUGUAAAAACUGACAAUUAAGAUGUAYUUGUUUUAAAAUGAUCAUCAGCUUUUUUAUGCCUUCAAACUUGAUCAGGCUUUUGCCAAAAACUGUUAAGGGUGACGUAAGAGACUGAGAUCUGGAUGUCCUAACUGUGGGAGAUUAUUGUGGCAUAGACUGUGUGCUUCGUGAUUUGUUGCUUCAAUUUCAAAUCAAUGUAAAAGUGAGCCAAAAAGGAGAAGAAAAGCUUUGCAGUGCCAUCUUGAUUUGCUGCCUUAUUUUUCACAAGUGUGCAAAGUUCACAUGCUGAAACUUGAAAAUAAAUGUUUACUAAUCACUGA